CGUCAUCGUUUUCACUCUGCCCUGCUUGACCCUCAUCUUUCCAUAUACCCCGUGAUCUCCAAAACAACAUAACAAAGUGGGGGAAACAUGGCGAGCGGAGAGGAGGCCAGAAGACGCCCCUCGGUUACCUCCUCUUCGGUCGGCCUGGAGGCCCUGUUCCCUGCGGGGACGUCGGAGCAGGCGUGCGGGGACGGAAACCCGGAGCUCGUUCGCCUGCGGGAGCGUCUUCAGGGUUGGCUAUCGCAGUAUGAACUCCUGCUGCUGUGGGUGCAGAGGCUGCUGGUCUGGGAGAGGCCGCUGUACAGCAUCUUUGUCGCCCUGACACUGAACACAUUAUUCUGGAUCCUGUCCUCCACCUCCCUGCGGCCUCUGUUUCUGAUAAGCGUGUCCCUGCUGGGGCUCAUGCUGCUGGAGAGAUGGAAGCCCAAGUUACCCAUCAUUACUGUUCAACAUGUAGACGCUCAUCCUGCACAAAGUGAGACAAUGAGCGCAGAGCAGCGUCUGCUCAGCAUCCCUGAGCUCAGCCACCACCUGGCUGAGAGUUACCUGACCUGUUGCAUGUAUCUGCAGGAGAUGCUGCAGUACAAACGACAGAACCAUGGCAAGUUCUGUGUGAUGAUGUGCAGUGGCUGUUUUGUUCUGGCUGUGGUUGGACAUUACGUACCAGGAAUCAUGAUCUCCUAUAUUAUAGCGCUGAGCGUUCUGUUGUGGCCACUGGUGGUGUACCAUGAGCUGAUCCAGAGGAUGUACACCGGUCUGGAACCGAUCCUGAUGAAACUGGACUACAGCAUGAAGGGAGACACGGAGCACCGCAAACACGACAAGAGAAAGAUAAAGAAGGAGGUAGAGGAGGGGGACGAGCCCAGAGCUGAAACGGAGAGCGAGAGCGAGGAGGAGCUGUCCUGCUUUGCUCCAACGGUCGAUGUGAAAACUACGGCUCUGGCUAUGGCCAUCACAGACUCUGAGCUGUCAGAUGAAGAGGCAUCCAUCUUGGAGAGUGGAGGCUUCUCGGUGUCCAGAGCCACCACUCCUCAACUCACCGACGUCUCCGAAGAUUUGGACCAGCAGAGUUUACAAAGUGACCCAGAGGAGUCCUACCUGCGGGAUCUCCCUGAGUUCCCCUCAGUGGAGGAGUUCCCCUCCAUUGAGCACAGUCUGCUUCACUUUCCUCUGCGAGGUUCAGGCCAGGGAGAGGGAGCCCAGCCUGACACUCAGUCCGAAGGGGAACCGUUGAGCCCCGCCAGCCUCCUUAUCCAGCACCUAGCAUCCCCCCUCCAUUUUGUGAACACACAUUUCAACGGACACGGUCGACCACCCGGGGGCGAAGAGGGCACGUUGCCUGUGGCGGGCGUAGAUGGGGGAGGAGAGAAGACAGAGCCUGCAGUCACCCAGGGUGCACAGCGUUCCUUGGAGGCCCUGAGCGAGGAGAUAGUGAGCACUGCCAUCUCCACUGUCGUGCAGAACACUCUGUCAGCCCUGCUGCGUUCCAGCGAGGCCAGCGAGGAGCCCUGUCUGGCUGAGUUUCUUCCCAGUGAAACCCCACCGGGCGCUCUGGAGACACCUGCCGACACCACUGCUAACACUACAGUUACCACGCCAGAGGCGCUCGGUCCUGACGAGGAACCAGAUGAGGCGAUCACAACGGAAAGUGGCACCGGCGAGGAGUUCCCCGACGACACACUAGUUCCGACCGAGGAAGAGGAUUUUGAGCUUUUGGACCAAAGUGAACUGGAUGAGGGGCUGGACAUCAGCCCUGAAGGACAGGUGGCGGGAGAAACUCCAGACACACCUCCAUCCCCUCAGCAUCAACCACAGUCAUAGCUGCCCUGCUGCGCCCCUCCCCCAAUGUUUUGCUUUUAUUUGUAUGUUAAAACUACAUUAUAUUCAUGCAUACAGCUAUACAAAACCCAUUUAUCAAUGAGUUUGGAGUUAAAGGGUGUUGGUCAGUGAUUGUGUGGCAGAUGGUUGAGAUACUCGGUGCGUUCUGCUUUUAUAGCCUCACGUCAGAAGAGUCUGUUAAAGUCUCGGGAGUCGUGUCUACACCAGGACCAUCAUUAGCUUCUAUCGGGCAGCAUUCAGAAUUA